GUUGGAACUUGGAACUUGGAGGCUUGAAGUUUGGAACCUGCUGGGGGCUGGGGCUCACUGGACGCCUGGAGGCUGGAGCCGCCUGGAGCUCGUCGUUAGGUGUCCGAUAUCAUGACUCAUCAGUCUUGCACUUGCUGAAAAAAAUGCACCCAAUGUUCAAGUUUAGGGCCUGUUUAGACCCAGAAUAUCUUCUCUUCUUCUACCACAGGCCUCACCUAGUCACGCAACCGUUAGACCCAUUGCCUCGGAAUAUCCUUGACAGCUCGAUGUCAAACAAUCAAAGCAGAGUGGCAGGAAGCUAUGCAAAUGUGCUAUAGAAAAUAGUAUAUGAAAUGAAUACAUACAUAUACAGUUAUCUAGAUACAUAAUUAUUUACAUUUGUACAGAGGUGCUUACAUUCUGCUGGCACAUUUUUGUUGUACAAUGAAGUGUCUGAGCAUUUUUCUGGCCUUAACGCCCCUUGCGCAGGCCUACUAUCUCCCGGGAGUGGCUCCUCGGCCCUAUACCAAGGGCCAACCAGUAGCCAUCUGGGCAAAUGAGCUGAACUCUCACCUCACAGCCUUCACGUACGAGUUCUACGACUUUGAUUUCUGUCCGACCGAGGAACUGAAAGAUGAGCUCAAUCUUGGUCAGAAGUUGUUUGGCGAUAAGCUUGAGUACACGCCAUAUAAGGCGGAAUUUGGAGUCGAGUUGGAAUGCACGGAGUUGUGCACCAAGACCUACAGCGGCGAUAACAAGGACGAAUCCAAGAAACUGCUUAAAAUCAUCAACGCCAUAAAGAAUGAGUACCAUCAGCACUGGAUUAUCGACAACCUCGAUGUAUCGUUCGGGUUCAUAUCUGCAGACAGACUCGACAAAGACACGAAGACCCAUUUCACACACGAGUUCAGGCUGGGUUUCCCCCUGGGCAUUCCCAAGGCGUAUUUCAACCACUUCAACAUCACCAUCCUGUACCACACCCCCGAGACAUUCCAUUUCGAAGACCCCGAUGUUAAGCUCAUUGUGGGCGCCGAGCUGAGUGUGGAUAGCAUUCAGAACUGUAAGGACAGGACUAAUUUGGUCCUAAAACCACCCACCAAGGGCAGCUCGCAGACAAUUAACUACUCAUACGAGGUGCACUGGGUUGAGUCCGACAUUCCCUGGGCGUCGCGCUGGGACUCGUACCUCAAGGUGGAUGAGGCACAGGUGCGAUGGCUGUCUAUUGCCAAUUCGCUGGUGAUUGUUCUGUUCCUUUCUGGAAUGGUGGCGAUGAUUCUCUUGCGCACUGUGUACCGCGACAUUGCGCGCUACAACAGACUCCCCACCGACGCAGACGAUCAGGACGACGUCGAUAUCGAAGAAACUGGUUGGAAACUGGUCAAUGGAGAUGUGUUUCGCACACCCAGACAUCCUCUAUUGCUGUCUACUUUGGUGGGAUCGGGUGUGCAAGUGGUAGGCAUGGUGCUUAUCCUGCUGCUGUUUUCUUUCUUGCAUCUACUCUCCCCACUAAGACGUGGAUCCAUUAUGACUGGUGCUAUUGUGUGGUUCGUAUGUCUCGGUGCCCCCGCCGGCUAUACCUCCGCACGUCUUUACAAAAUGUUUGGUGGCGAAUACUGGAAAAUGAGCACUCUGUGCACCUCAUUCCUGAUUCCCGGCUCCACUUUUUUGCUGUUUUUACUGAAUAACAUCAUACUUUGGGCUGAAAAGUCCCGAAAUGCGGUCCCGUUUCUGGCCAUGCUGAGCGUUAUUUCGCUGUGGUUCCUGAUUUCCGUGCCCCUGACCUUUUUCGGGUCGUACCUGGCCUACAAAAAGCCCAAAAUCGAGUCACCCGUACGCGUAAACCAAAUCCCGCGCCAAAUCCCCCCGCUGCCGUUCCACAUGAGACCCAUUCCCUCGAUUAUGAUUGGCGGCAUCCUGCCUUUUGGAGCCAUUUUCAUCGAAUUGCUGUUCCUGUUAAGCAGUUUGUGGGGCCACCGCCUGUACUUCCUGCCCUUCUUCCUGUUCAUUGUGUACUCCAUCCUGAUUAUCAUCUGCGGCGAAGUCUCUGUUCUGCUGACCUACUUCCAGCUGUCUUUGGAGGACUACCACUGGUGGUGGCGGUCGUACCUGUCGUCGGGUGCCACGGCCUUGUACCUGUUCCUUUACUGCACCUUCUACUUCCACAGCUCUAAGGGCUUCAAUGGCUUUGCCAACGCCUUCUUGUUCUUCAGUUAUUCGACCAUGAUGUGCAUCAUCCUCUUUGUCAUGACAGGUAUGGUCGGGUUUAGGGUUUUAGAUGUUUCGUCGAGUGAUUCUGUUCGUAUGUAUAUUCAGUGUUCAAUUGAUUGACUCUAUUCGUAUGUACAAUCAGUGUUUAAUUGAUUAUUCGU